CGCGGCGUUGUUGCCGGAAGUGCCUCCCGCAGGAACUUCCGGUGGGACCUUGCAGUAGAAGCCGGAAGUCCAGGCUGAGACGGGGCAGGGAUGGCUCUGUGGCUGCCGCGCUCCCGGGACCUGCGCGCGGGGCAGCAGGAAGACCUCCUCCCCCGGCCAGGCACUCAGGUACAGCCGCUCCUCCGGCAGAGACGCCGAGAGGCUCCUCGGAAGGACUUACUCCCCUUCUCCGAGAGGGGCGCUCGCAGGAACGGGGCAGCGGGGGGUCCGGUUCCUUCCCCUCCCUUGGUCGGUGGCGUCGCUCGAGGCGCCUUGGCGGGCCUGGCCUGGCUGCUGAUCUCUCCUUAUCCCCCCCCCCGACUUCGUCACUUUGGCCGUCUCCCUGGGGCCCCCUGGAGCCUGAGGGUUGCCCCCUGUCCUGGAUAAUACAGGAUUAUUAGAAGCAUGCUGUUGUUAAUCGUGUCCGACUCUUCGUGACCCCAUGGACCAGAGCACGCCAGGCACUCCUGUCUUCCACUGCCUCCCGCAGUUUGGUCAAACUCACGCUGGUAGCUUCGUGAACACUGUCCAACCAUCUCGUCCUCUGUCAUCCCCUUCUCCUUGUGCCCUCCAUCUUUCCCAACAUCAGGGUCUUUUCCAGGGAGUCUUCUCUUCUCAUGAGGUGGCUAAAGUAUUGGAGCCUCAGCUUCUGGAUCUGUCCUUCCAGUGAGCACUCAGGGCUGAUUUCCUUCAGAAUGGAUAGGUUUGAUCUUCUUGCAGUCCAUUGGACUCUCAAGAGUCUCCUCCAGCACCAUAAUUCAAAAGCAUUAGUUCUUCGGCGAUCAGCCUUCUUUAUGGUCCAGCUCUCACUUCCAUACAUCACUACUGGGAAAACCACGGCGUUAACUCUACGGACCUUUGUUGGCAAGGUGAUGUCUCUGCUUUUUAAUUAGAAGCAUAGCUGUCAACUUUUCCCUUUUCUUGCGAGGAAUCCUAUUCAGAAUAAGGAAAUUUCUCUUUUAAAAAGGGAAACGUUGACAGCUAUGAUUAGAAGCUCGGUUCUGCCCUCUCCGGUCCUGGAAGGAUCCUUUUAAAAAGUCCCAUAUGCUCAGAGACUUUGCUCCUUUUCAUUGGGGGAGAUAGGAAGCCCAGAGCACUUGUUCUUUAGAUGUCCCUUUUAUGAAGAGGCACGUAGUGAGACCAUUGAUCCCCUGCUGGUGAGGCUCGCUGACCUACAGGAAAAGCAAAAAUGUGACCUUUGCCUGUUAGGCAAAGAUCAUAAGAUGACCCAUUUGAUCGCCAUAUUCUGUGUACAGAUCUGUAGGCGGAGACCAUCCCCCAACCCAAACUAGUUCGUUAAGAAAAUCCCCAAACUCGGUUCCAUGGGUGACUCUGGAUCAUCUCUCGGUGGUAGCUUAUCUUAAAGUUUUAAGUGUCUAUGCGCUUAUCGUAUUUAUAAAUUUUAAAUUUAUUGUACAUUGUUUUAAAUGUCUGGGAUUGUACCCCCAAGUGUGUUUUAUAAGCUGGUCUCCGACCGUAAUAAAAAAAAUUAUCUACAGGAUUAUUAUUAUUAUUAUUAUGCCGCAUUUCAUUGUGAAAGUGCCACGUCCUGGAGAGUUUUGUCCUGUGUUUCAGGUCUCCUCUCUCUUUCUGUGCUAAGUUGGGGAUCCUCUCCCAAUGCAUGCGUGUGAAAGGUUGUGUGUUUUAAGCUCUGGGCUGCCAAGCACAGGCAGAGUUACAAAUCCAUGGUUGUGUGCAUAAGAGGGGUGGGGGGAGAGAGAGAGAAAUUGCAUCCUGUUAGGCUGUAAUAGAUUGUAAUGGGUUGCUUUGAAGUCGCUUCAGCGCCAGAUGGGCGAAAAAAUGCCCUCCUUUAUUUUGCCAGAACAGAGGUGGCAAAAUGGGAUCUGGUUCUAAAUCCAGCCUGCAGACGGUCCAGGAAUCAGCGUGUUUUUACAUGAGUAGAAUGUGUCCUUUUAUUUAAAAUGCAUCUCUGGUUUAUUUGUGGAGCACAGGAAGUUCAUAUUUAUUUUCAAAAUGUAGUCUGGCCCCCCACAAGGUCUAAGGGACAGUGGACCGGCCCCCUGAUGAAAAAGUUUGCCAACCCCUGAUUUUAACUGUUUACAGUGGUCUUUAAGAUAAGUUAUAAAUUUCCCCCAUUCCUUAUUAAAAUUUCAGUCUUUCUGAUUCUUCCGGUCAUUUUAGCCAUUUCAGCAUGGUACAUCAACUUCAUCUGCCAUUCUUCUCUGGUAGGAACUUUAUCUUCUUUCCAUCUCUGGGCCAAUUGGCCCACCUGCUGUAUUCAUUGAGACCUACAUCAAGUAACCACUAAGGGCUGAAGCCAUGCAGCUGCUUCAUACACGUUUGCUUAGAAAUAAACCCCCGUGUGUUCUUUUGAAUGCAUUCCUAAGUAAGCAUGCCUAGGAUUUCACACUUACCUGGGAGGAACCCCAUUGAACUCAGUGGACUCUGCUGGAUGGUACUGUUUGUUUCAUAGGGCAAUUGGGAGUACUUAAUAUGAACUACUUACCUUUUAGUACAGCCAGUUGUGAAGGAUGAAACCUUCUUUUCUUCUGGCAGUGAAACCAAAGGAAACCAGGCUAACAGAGGUAGGGUGGAAUGACCUGUUACUCCUACACCACUUCAUUCUCAUCCUAUUCCACUCACCUUUAUGCAAUCCCUUGUCUCCUAAGCCUGUCAGGCAACUUAGUACUGGCAUGGAAAUGCAACAGGCUGUCAGAGUGGAGAGAUUGAUCACUCCAAGCCUCUACCCACCAGUCUGCUUUGAAAGAAAGCAUUUGUUUACUAGUGUGUUAAGAGGUAGUAGUAAUAAUAAUAAUUUAUUAUUUGUACCCCGCCCAUCUGUCUGGGGUUCCCCAGCCACUCUGGGCGGCUUCCAACAAAGACCAAAAAUACACUAAAAUGUCACACAUUAAAAACUUGCCUGAACAGGGCUGCCUUCAGAUGUCUUCUGACUGUCAGGUAGUUGUUUAUCUCUUUGACAUCUGGUGGGAGGGUGUUCCACAGGGCGGGCGCUACUACCGAGAAGGCCCUCUGCCUGGUUCCCUGUAGCUUUGCUUCUCACAAUGAGGGAACCGCCAGAAGGCCCUCAGCGCUGGACCUCAGCGUCCAGGCAGAAUGAUGUGGGUGGAGACGCUCCUUCAGGUAUACUGGGCCGAUGCCGUUUAGGGCAUUAAAGGUCAACACCAACACUUUGAAUUGUGCUCGGAAACGUACUGGGAGCCAAUGUAGGUCUUUCAAGACUGGUGUUAUGUGGUCUUGGCGGCCACCCCCAGUCACCAGUCUAGCUGCCGCAUUCUGGAUUAGUUGUAGUUUCCAGUAGCCCCACGUAGAGCGCAUUGCAGUAGUCCAAGCGGGAGAUAACUAGAGCAUGCACCACUCUGGUGACACAGUCUGUGGGCAGGUAGGGUCUCGGCCUGCGUACCAGCUGUAGCUAGUAGACAGCUGCCCUGGAUACAGAAUUGACCUGCACCUCCAUGGACAGCUGUGAGUUGAAAAUGACUCCCAGACUGCGCACCUGGUCCUGCAGGGGCACAGUUACCACAUUCAGGAUCAGGGAGUCCUCCACAUCAGCCCACCCCCUUUCCCCCAAGAACAGUACUUCUGUCUUGUCAGGAUUCAACCUCAAUCCAUUAGCCGCCAUCCAUCCUCCAACCGCCUCCAGACACUCACACAGAACCUUCACCGCCUUCACUGGUUCUGAAUUGAAAGAGAGGUAGAGCUGGGUAUCAUCUGCAUCUGAUAGCUAUGGAGGGGUGGGUUCUUCUUCUCUGUAGUCAGCAGAGAAGUAUAGUCUGCUAUCUUUUUAAAAGCUUAGUAACUUUCGAGGGUUUAUUCACAAAGUUGUUAAUAGCAUCCUUUAACUGCCUUCUUGCUAUUUUUAGUGCAUUUUUAUGUUAAGGUUUCAAUGCUAUUAAUGAUAGUGACCCCAGACCCAAUGAGUGAUAUUUAUUUUGGAAUAAUGUAAAUGUCAUCUCACCCCUGGAAUGAGGAUAGACCUGCGUUUGUGGAGCAGGUUAACGUGAUCAGCUUUGCCAGAACUUUUUAAUGGGUCAAAGCAAAUACAGUGGUACGUCGGGUUAAGUACUUAAUUCAUUCCAGAGGUCCGUUCUUAACCUGAAACUGUUCUUAACCUGAAGCACCACUUUAGCUAAUGGGGCCUCCGGCUGCCGCCGUGCCGCCGGAGCAUGAUUUCUGUUCUCAUCCCGAAGCAAAGUUCUUAACCCGAGGUACUAUUUCUGGGUUAGCGGAGUCUGUAACCUGAAGCGUCUGUAACCCGAGGUACCACUGUAUCGGCCUCAUGCUGCCUCUUAUUUUUAUUUCUGGCAUAUUUCCUGAACUGACCAGCUCUGAGGGCUCUUGGAUUGCCUCACAAUUAAAGAUAAAUGUAUCAAAAUAUAAAACCGUAGAGGCAAGAAAAGACAACAUAAAGCCUUGUAAUUAAGUACAUUUGUUGUAGCUUUAAGCCCCUGAGAAGCACAAUUGCAAUGGAGACCUGCUGUGAGUUGUGAUGGUUGUAUCCAAUUUUGUCCCUGCACAAGUAGAAAAGACUUAAGUGUGUUCAAUAUUAUUAUUAUUUUCUCCUCCUCCAUGCUAUCUUCUGCAUGCCCUCACAAUCUGCUUUGUUUUCUUCCUGCCCUAUAGCUCUCCAGAGCAGAUUUUGAGGGUUGCGUCUGGGAGGAGAAAUAUCCUUGACUGAACAGAAGUACACUUGCCCAGUGUUACAUUCCACCCUGUGUGUUUAUAUGUGGGGAAUGAGGACACAAGGUUGCACAUUUUUCUAGGUCUUUGCUUAGAUACAAAGCACUCCUUUUAUGUAUCUGUUUUGUAUACAGUCCCUUGGGCAAGCAUGCAUUUUAAAAAUACUCUUCAUUCGUCUACACUCUACAGACUGUGUAAAUUCUGUCCGUUUCGCUCCCAAAUAAUCAAAAGGUUUUUUUUCUUAACGCAGAUUUAUGACGGGAUUGAAUUGGCUUGUCAGCAGCAAAAGGAAUUUGUAAAGAGUUCUGUGGAGUGCAAAUGGAAUUUAGCAGAAGCCCAGCAGAAACUUGGCAGUUUAGCGUUGCACAACUCCGAGUCCAUGGACCAGGAAAAUGCCAAAGCACAGACUGAAGCUGCAGAGUUGAAAUGGAGGGAGGAAGAAUGGCGGCGGAAGGAGGAGGUGUUAAGGCAAAAGGAAAGACAGGAGCUGUGGAAUACAGAUGUUGUUAGUAAAGAGGUAUUUAAUAAGGUAUGGAACAAUUCAGAUUGCCUAAAACCAAGACACAGCCACAAAAGAUGCAUAGAAGCUGCAGAGCACUUUUAAAGCAGUUAGGUAACACAUGUUACUACUGUACUGUAUCUCAAUGCUGUCCAAUGCCCACAGUUCUGCCAGUACAGUCAUACCUUGGGUUGCGAACGUGAUCUGUGUGGGAGGCACGUUCGCAACCAGCAGCACCGCGUCUGCACCAGCGCGUGACGCGAUUCUGCACAUGCGCGUGAUGUCAAUUUGUGCUUCUGCACCAGCGCCAAAACCCAGAAGUAACCUGUUCCGGUACUUCCAGGUUCGGCACAGUCUGCAACCCGAAAACACACAACCCGCAGCAUUCGUAACCCGAGGUAUGACUGUAUUAAUUUCAGUUGGUUUAGGCACAUCUAACUCAGUAUAGGAGUGAGCUGCUAAAAGUUCUUGUCCUGCUGCAUCCCAGAAAUCAUCUCGAAGAGUGCUGCUGUGGGUAUUCAGAUUUCAAACAAUGUAUUUCGUAUCAGAGAAGCAGGGUAUGUUUCACAAGUCAACUAAGCUUAGACUACUGUGUGUUAACUUGCCUUGUUCCCAUUGACUUUUCGUUGGCAGACUUAAUACAAACUCCACCCACCUGAGAGCCCCAUUGAAUUCAAUUGGACUCCUGAGUAGGCAUGGUUAGGUUUGCACGGUUGAACUGGCGAAUGAAUGAUUCAAAUUCAGACCAAAGAGUUAAUGAGUAAGCCACUCUGGGAUUUUAAAUAGCACAUGUGCCAGGUCUUUAAAAUUCAAGCUCUUAUGAAAUAAAAGCUGUAAAGACAUUAUGCACAACCUGAACUAGGAGUAAUUUGCAAAGGGUCUGAUUUUCCUCACAACCUGCCCUCCAGAAUAGUUUCUUCUUCGAACUGAGUUAUUUGGGAAACUGCUGAUCAGCUGCUAAAGGCUGCAUUCACACAACACGCAAAUUAAGUCUUCUUGUGGCUGAGCUAAGCUAAAUGUGUUGUCUGAAUCAGGACCUGUAACCCAGAUUUAUUCUUGGCUAUAGCUCACGCUUAACCACAAGUCCUUGUUCAUAUAACACGCUAAGCCAAAUCUUGACUUAGCUUGAUGUGGUGCUAGCAGCAAAGAGGAUUGUGGAGGAGCCGAUGGUUGCCUUAACAUGCCAUGCAAACCAUACCUGUUUGUGAUCUGGAAUGAUCUGUCUUCUGCAACAGAUACUCUUGACAUCUUCCACUGAUAAGUGACUCCUGAACAAUUGCAGCGUUGUAAUAAUUUCUUGCUAAGUAUUGUGAUGGGGUAGAUAAUUAACCAACACUGAAAUUCUGUUUGCCAGAGUUUUAUUAAUCAAAUGAAAAGGAAAGAAACGGAAGAUGAUGCAACAAAAUCAUUCAUGCAAAAACAUGAGCAGAAGAUUAGGCAUUUUGGUAAGCUUAUAUUUGGUUAUUUUUCUUAGCCUCUGUUUAUCAUGAGCUGUAACAUCACACCAGCACUGUAUAUUCACAUUUUAGAAAGUGAAGCAAUUUGCUUUAAGUCCUUAGGAUUCUUGGGCUUGCAUUUUAUAUGGUAGUAGUGCCAUAGUAGUGGGACGCGGGUGGCGCUGUGGAUAAAACCUCAGCGCCUAGGAUUUGCCGAUCGCAUGGUCGGCGGUUCGAAUCCCCGCGGCGGGGUGCGCUCCCGUUGUUCGGUCCCAGCGCCUGCCAACCUAGCAGUUCGAAAGCACCUCCGGGUGCAAGUAGAUAAAUAGGGACCGCUUACCAGUGGGAAGGUAAACGGCGUUCCGUGUGCUGCGCUGGCUCGCCAGAUGCAGCUUGUCACGCUGGCCACGUGACCCGGAAGUGUCUGCGGACAGCGCUGGCUCCCGGCCUAUAGAGUGAGAUGAGCGCACAACCCUAGAGUCUGGCAAGACUGGCGCAUACGGGCAGGGGUACCUUUACCUUUAGUGCCAUCCUUAGGUGACUGAGCUGAACCCUAUGGGAAUCAGACCACUGUUAAAUUCAUAGUUUGGGAGGGGGAGCACAGCAUGGCUAACUUUUAUGGUGAUUUUAUAGACAACUUUGAGCUCAAGUCACAUAAGACCAUUUUUUAAUUUGAAAAAGAACUAUUUUGGUUGCAUCUCAUUGUUUUUCCAGGCAUGUUGAGCAGAUGGCUUGACAGUCAGAGAUUUCUCUCUGAGCACCCAUACCUUGUCUGCGAAGAAACAGCUCAAUACCUCCUUUUAUGGUGCUUCCAUCUAGAAGCUGAACAGGUAUAAUUUACAUGCCAUUCUACUUUGAAAUGGAGAAAGGUGUACAAAUAGAUAGGUUUCUGGUUUUAUCCUUCCAUCUGGUUCUAGACAUCAAGACUGUUCUGAAACCUAGAAUGCUCUGGUGAGGACCGGUAGCCUAUCACUGCAUGUUAAUGUCAUCUUAUCUGCUAGAUUGAACCAUCAAGAAAUCAGCAGAGGGUAAAAUGAAGGUGUAAUAUGACCUCGCAAUCCCUGCACUAAUAAACAUAUCUUCUCUUUCAUUAAUCUGUGGAGGGAAAGAUAUAGUCUCAAAUAAACUACGUGUUGAGAUUUCACAAACAAUAAGUACAUUUUUUUAAGGAGGUCUUUUGCCCUGAACUCACAGCUAGGUUUAUUAUUGUCCUCCUGCAAGCUGUGAACUGGCUUUCUCAAGCAAGCAUCUGCCAAGGAAGUUUUUCAUUUUGAAAUUGCACCAUGAUAGCUGCAGCUCCUCACGGCAUUGACCCACCCUUUGCUUUGCUGCUGCUCUUAAAAGGUGAUGAUUCACCUCCCAUUCAGUUGUGUUAGAUCGUACUUUUAAAAUUAAUGCCAGCCAUGGGGGCACGUGGAGAGGAGAGUGUUCCUGGUGCUACAAAGCCCCAAUAGGCAGCUGCUUGUUUAGCUUUCUCACUCAGCUCAGUGCUAUAGACACACCUUUACUUUAAAAUGUCUUUGUUAACUUGCAAAUUUGGUUCUUUUUGUCUCAUUUGCUUUGUUUGUCACACCCUGAGCUCUUUGGAAGAGUGUGAUUUGAAUGGCUUCCAUAUGGUUCUUCGGUAACACUGGUCAACAACAAAUUUGUUGUCUGCGUUUUUUCAGUUGAUUUAAGACGAAUCUGAUGCGCUGAAUCCAAAAAUCACAUUGGUUUUGCUCAAUCAGGUCAAGUUUUUGAGCUAUGGCCACAUGUCUUUUUUUACGUUUUUGUUCACAUGUUCGCUUGUGUGGAGCAUUUUAGAAGAAGUUGGUGGGGGUAAAAUGCCAUGUUGAAUAAUUGUUUUGAUUGGAAAUGAUUAUUUUAAUGAGAAGAAGUAUUCAAGUCCGAUAGUUCUGGGUGAGUAUGUCGAAAAAGGGAUCAGUUUGAAGUCAUAAAACCUUGAAAUCUUCCAUAAAUUGGUGCGGCAAAGCAUAAAGUUGGGGGGUCAAAACUAAGUCAAUCCUGAUCUUCAAUCAGCACGUCGUCCUGUAGCUCAUUGUGAUGAAAUUCCAGUGCCUAUCUUUGGAGAACUUCCUGACAUUAGUGACGAAGAUGCCUCCAGUGUUGAAGGACAUGAAGAAGAAGUGGUUCUUGAAGAUGAUGCUCCACAUCCAUUUUCCCAAAAGGAGUUGAAUGAUCUAGUUCGCGACCUCAGCUUGUCAAAGGACUCUGCCGAACUGUUGGCAUCCAGAUUGAAGGGGAAAAACCUCCUCUCUGACAGUGCUCGCAUCAGCUUCUUCCGCAACAGGCAUCAAGAGUACCUCCGUUUUUUCUCGGAAGAGAAGGACUUGGUGUACUGUGCAGAUAUUGCGCAGCUUCUGCUCAAGCUUGGAGUGCCACAGUACGAACCCAAAGAUUGGAGACUGUUCAUUGACAGCAGCAAGCGAUCACUGAAAUGUGUUCUGCUACACAACGGCAACCAGUUUGCCUCUAUACCCCUGGCUCACUCGACUACACUGAAGGAGAACUAUGAAGCGGUGAAGUAUGUGCUGGAGAAAAUUGGUUAUGAUCAGCAUAAGUGGUUUAUUUGUGUUGACCUGAAGAUGGUGAACUUUUUGUUGGGACAACAGUCAGGCUUCACCAAGUACCCAUGUUUUCUGUGCAUGUGGGAUAGUAGGGACCGUGCUCAGCAUUACACGAAGGACUGGCCUAUGUGGGAGGAAUUGGUGCCUUGCAAAGAAAGGAACGUCAUCAAUGACCCUCUGGUGGACAGAGACAGAAUACUCUUCCCACCGCUGCACAUCAAGCUCGGCUUAAUCAAGCAGUUCACCAAGGCUUUGGACAAGGAUGGUGACUGCUUCACUUACUUGUGCCAGGCUUUUCCAGGAUUGACCAUGGAGAAGUUGAAAGCUGGCAUCUUUGACAGUCCUCAGAUCCGUCAGCUCAUCAGAGAUCCAGAGUUCAGAAACUCAAUGAACGAAGUGGAACUGGAAGCGUGGAAGGCAUUUGUUCUGGUAGUGAAGAACUUUCUUGGCAACAAUAAGGCCAGAAACUACGCAGAACUUGUCAACAACAUGCUGACUGCUUUCAGAAACCUGGGCUGCAACAUGAGCAUCAAGAUGCACUACCUAUUUUCAAAUCUGGACCGGUUUCCUGAGAACCUGGGUUCAAUGAGUGACGAGCAGGGGGAGAGAUUCCAUCAGGACAUGAAAGAGAUGGAGACCAGGUAUCAGGAUCGCUGGGACGCAGUCAUGAUGGCUGACUACUGUUGGACUCUGAAGAGAGACCUCCCUGCCGCUGAGCAUUCCAGGAGUUCCAAGAAACGGAAGUUCAAGCCCUGAAGUUUGAAAAAUGGUGAAGCAACAUGCAAUUUAUGUGUACUUACCUUUAUCAAUGCCCACCAUUCAGUUUACAGUAAACCUGACCUGAUGGAGAGAAACAGAUGCCAUUUCCUGAUUCAGCAGUGCAAAAAUACCCUAAAUCAGUUGUAGAAAUCUAGACAACAUUCAAAAAGUAAAAAAUUGUUGCCCAGUGUAAUCUACUCCAGCAGUUUAAGAUGCCAAACUUGCUUGGCUUCAGACAAUACCAACCAAACUAUUAUGGGACAACAAAUCAUUUCUGUCUACAAACCUAAGACUUUGCAACUUGAUAAAAGUUUGAUCUACCUAUGGGCCUAUUAAGUUUUUGCUUUACCCCACAUCAAGGGUGGGGAAACCAGCUUUCUAGAAGUUCAUGGCCAUCUCUGACCAUCGGCCAUGCCGGCUGGGGCUGGUGGGAAUUAGGCUGAAGAGCCACAAGUUCCCCAUCCCUGCCCUGUGUGUUUUUAAUAGCAGAUCUUCCUGUACACCUGCUGUGAGCUAAUGGCUUCAGAUACGGUUUAUUUUUAUCUAUAUGUAAAAGUAUGAAUUGCAAAGAGAUUAAAAUGUGUAGGUACCUUGCAUUCCUCCCCACGGACCCUUGGAAAUCUCCCUAUCUCUGAGAACUGACUCUCAAAAGGCUUGUUGUGCGAUGCGUGAGACUCAGCUUUGCAACAAUAAGCCAUAACUAGGGCUGGGAGAUAUAGCUAUAUAUUGUCCAAAACUGGUUGGACGUCCAUAUCAUGAUUUGGUUUCAUAAUUUUUGACCUGGGAAUAUAUUGCAAAUCAUGGUGUGUGGGUGUGUGUGUGCGCGCGCUUUGUAAAAAUCACAAUGUGGGGGAAAUUGCAAAGCCAGCCAAGGCUUCUCUUGAUUCCUGCAGCCCCUGUUGAUUUUGCCAGCUCAGUUCUUCCCUGCCUCCGACAAGAGGCAGCAAAUCACAAGAGCAGGCGCUGGCAAAAAUCACGAUGCAGGAAAACCCGUGAAGCCAGCCAAUGCCUUUGCAUGGCUCCAUCCUUAUUUCAGACAACGUACUGUAUCAGUAUAUUGCGAUGUUCAGCUGGUGAUAUAUUAACGCUGUUGAAAACCAGAUAUCGCCCAGCCCUAGCUAUAACAUAAGCUUAAUUACAGCUAGCCGUGUAUAGCUACACACACACACACACACACACACACACACACACAACCAUGAAGGGGAUAUGUUGUUGGUUCCUUACGUAUUGAUUUCACCUUAUUUUCAGAAAGGCGCUCUGAUGGAACAAGUAGCUCACCAAGCAGUGGUAAUGCAGUUUAUUAUAGAAAUGGCCAAAAGCUGUAACGUGGAUCCACGAGGAUGUUUCCGUCUAUUUUUCCAAAGAGCUAAAGUAAGUUGGGCUUUCUUUGUGUGUGUUUUUUAAUUGUGUUUUAUAAACUAGAAUAAUGUUAUACAAAUAAGUAUAUCAAGUUUUCUCAUGUCAUACGUAUAUCACAAAAAUAGCAUAAUAAAUGUGGGGAAAUAUCUGCAAAAUAUUAGUGGUCAAUGUCUGAGUCCUUGGUUUAUGAAUUGAUUUAAAUAAUUAGGAAGAAGGAGAAGGAGAAGGGGAGAAGAGAGUGGCAGGUGGGGUGGGGUCGGGUGGUUAUGCUUCUAUUAUUCUACUUAGCGGGGUUGUAUGGGUUCUCUUACUCUUCACUUCUUGUAUUUCCUUGGUGGUGAGAGAGGUUUGGUGUGGUUGAUUGUCUUUGGGUAAGUUGGGCUUUCUAUUUAGGGUGGAGCAUGCUGAAUAGUUUUGAAGAAUCCAUUCGAUCCCUAGCAGAAGGUUCGUUUUAGAUGCUAAAAUGCCUAUUCUGGUCUGAUAAUUAAGCUUAUUUAUAACUUUCCUGGCCACAGAAACUUUGGAUGAGAUCCAGCCUAGGGGAUGAGCAAGCACCUGCUCCUACAAAGGGAUUUCCCCUUCCCCUCCUCUUCCGUACAUUCUCCCUCAAAAUCUGCUUUUAAGGGUUGGGGGCAGAUUUGGGAGGCAUGCAGGGGGCUGUGGGGGAGAGGGACAAACUGGAAGUCCCUUUGGGCAAGCAGGCAGAUGUCACUGUAUGUUGCAUUUUUUUUUCUCAGCACAGGGUGAAAAAAACUAUUUAAUUGCUUGUUGUUUGUUUGACAGACGGGAGAAGAAGGCUAUUUGGAGGCUUUUAAAAAUGAACUUGAAGCAUUCAAAUCGAGAGUGAGGUUUUGUUCACAGUCUCAGAACUUUCAAGCUAAUCCUGCUCAGAAUCCUUCGUUUUAUCCUGAUUUCAAUUGUAUAGGAGGGCUUGCAUCCUUUCCACAGGUAAGUCUUAACUUUUUUAUAGUGAAUGGGUAGCUGGCCUAAGAUACUUUUGUCAUCCUUUCCUUUGAGCGCCUUGCUAGAAAAAUGUUUGUUUCCUCUUCCUAACUUAAAAUGGUUUGGGGGAGAGAAGAGGGGGUAAUAUACCUAAAAUAUUAGAAUUUUUUUUCUGUGGGCUGAAAAUGGCAAAACUAGCACUUAUUCAAGGGAAGAGACUUUUGUAUCCAGUGUUUAUAACUGGACUGUACAGUACUGCUUCCAGCUGUUCGCACUCAAAUAGCACCAUCCCACAGGUGUACUGAAUUAAGUUUGGUCCCCAAAUCACAGGCAAGCAGUGUUGCACAUUUGUUGCAUGGGAACGUAGAAUAAGGUUCGUUUUCCAUCUGUCUGUUCUGGGAAUUGUGGCCGUGGAAUGAGCCAUGUGAAACCAGACCCGUCAGUCCUCGUGCAGCUGUUUAAAACCCGUCUACUCAGUUUUCCUGCUUUGGUCUGUGGUUAAUACGGACGCAGGUGGCGCUGCGGUCUAAACCACUGAGCCUCUUGGGCUUGUCAGCGGUUCAAAUCCCUGCGAUGGAGUGAGCUCCUGUUGCUCUGUCCCAGCUCCUGCCAACCUGGCAAUUCAAAAGCACACCAGUGCAAGUAGAUAAAUGGGUACUGCUGUGGUGGGAAGGUAAACGGCAUUUCUGUGUGCUCUGGUUUCCUUCACGGUGUCCCAUUGUGCCAGAAGUGGUUUAGUCUUUCUAGCCACAUGACCCGGAAAGCUGUCUGUGGACAAAUGCCAGCUCCCUCGGUCUGAAAGCGAGAUCAGUGCCGCAACCCCAUAGUCGCCUAUGACUGGACUUAACCAUCCAGGGGUCCUUUACCUUAAUACAGAUGCUUUGGAGUCAAGUUGGGGGUGAUGUCUUUCCUGGCUUCAGCAGACUGACAUUUCUAGGUUAUGAAUACUUACUACAUAGCUUACUGGUUCAUUAUAUGUAUGCAUUUUCUGCACUCAGAAUGGUACAUAGGGUCAUCCCGUCCCCCGUUUAUCCUCAUAACUUCCUCAUCAGGUAAAUGUAGCUGAGAGAUAGUGACUCAUCCAGUGAACUUUGUGUCUGAACAGAGAUUUGAACUUGGAUCAUCCUGAUCUAAGACCUAUAGCACAUAUGCCCCUGUUUCUAUUUUUCCAGUCCAUGGAGUGAUUCAGUUCAGUUUUAACUUUCCAGCCACCAUCUGUCUGUCCCCACUCAGCCCCCGGUUCAUGUUAGCCAUCGUCCCACGCAUAAACUUUCCGGUAGCCAAUAUGAAACUAUUGGAUGAAGUGGCUCUCAUCAGAUUCUUGAGGAUUUCCUCAGAUUACUUGCUUUGAAGAUGUAUGCAGUAAGUCUCAGCCUUCCCUGGACGUUGCUGUUGCUUCUUACCCUGUCCAUGUUUCUUAAUCGGUGCAAGGCCGGCUCUGAUUUCUGCAUCAAAAGAACGGUUUUGUAGCCUUGCACGAAGCUCCUGGUUUACCUCUGGGCAGUGGCUAGUAAUUGCUCAGAAGACAAAAACAGGGAGACUGUUGGUAUACUAUGAGACUGGAUGGCGACUAUACUACGGUUGAAUGUUGCAAAAUAAACUGUUCACAACCCUGCAGGUGAUUAGGAGGCAGGAAGUUUUCUGCGACUCAAACCAGAGUUUUGUGUCUAGUUCCUGUCUUCAGCUGACUUGUUUCUUGUUCUCUUCUUGGUUACAGAAUGCAGAUUCACUUCAGGGCUGCAGUUUGAACUCAGUGGUACACAGAGACGAAGACGAACCUAAAAUGAUGGAUACAGUAUAGUAUUCCUAAGACUGAGCCCAAGUUCUCUUAUUAGCAAAAAGAAGAAUGUGGCAAAUUUCCUAGACUUAUUUUUAUGGGUACUGCACUUUAUUUUGAGUGUUUGUUUUUGGGAGAGAGGGUAUUCCAGAAACACACUUGUCUUUUUGUUGGAAAAUGUGCUGCUAUGUUUUGGGGGGUUUUUUAGGAGAGGGGGAUUAUUGUGUGUUACUGAAUGUGAAACUGGAUGUUUUUCUGCUACUACUAAACCUUGCCUUUUUAAUUUUAGGAAUCCGAGUUUGGAAAAAAAUCUGCACGGUUGCAAUGUUUACAAUUGAUUGAUUCUAAAAGGAAUCUGCUUUAAUCUUAUUAGGAAUACCCUUGUCUCCCUUGGGAUACUAAAAAUCACUGUAAAGCAUUCUGUUGCUUGCAAUGGUUGAUGCUCAGAUCUGAUUUUAUCAUGAAUAGCAAUAUAUCAGUGGUUGCUAUCAACUUUGCAGAUCUGAAUGGCUCAGAUAAAAGCACUGGCCUUUUAACUCUGUUACAGGGAUUGUUUUUGGGGAAAAAGACCUUUUAAUAUUUUGUUUUGCCACUUUUAUGUCUUGAUGUGUAAGUGGCCACAAUUUCUUAUAAUGAAAUUAUAAAACAGUAUUUUCUAGAGACACACUCAUGAAAAAAACCUUCUUUCCUUGACAGAACUGGCUAAAACUAUCAGCCAUUAGUGAGAGAGGAGAAGACAAAUCAAUACUAAUUGGCUGCCUUUGUACCUAAAAAAAAAAAAAGUAUAUUAUUCUGUGAUGAUGUCUUUAAAAUGAGCAUUUAAGGGCAUUCAGGUGCCAAACUGAUUUGACCUUGUUUUCAGUUAAGUGUUGUGAGUGUGGCACUUAAAAUCUAUUUUGGAAGGGUAGCUGUGCGUCAGGGCAUGUCGUCAGUUGGCAGUUUUAAAACCAAAACAUCUCCAAUGAUGUUGUCAGUGUAGGCUGAGCUCUGUUCUCUUUCCCCUGUGUUUUGUUUGUGAAACCCAAAGUAUAUAAAACCACUAGAGGUGGGCGAUAUUUCGAUUCAGCAUCUGAAACCGGUAUGAAGUUCAGAUCGCGACACCGGUUCUGGACUUUCAGAGCUGGCAAGACAUCGCUCCCAUCCGCCUUCACUGUGCCGGUUGUGGCUGAGGAGCCAUGAUGUAUCGCCAGCUCAAAUUGCGUGCUCACCCGCCUGCGCAUUUGCCCUCACCCAAGCAAGCAGGGCAGGCUGCGUCUUUCCUCCUGGAUAGUCGCUCCUCCUGCGACAAACCGGGAGGCAAGAGGCGCCUGCCCCACUUCCUCGGGCAAAGGCAAAACGCGCAGGCAGGCGGAGCACCUUCUCGGCUCCCUGUCCUGAGGCCGGGGCUGGGUUGUAGAGGGAGGGAGGGAGUGGGCAAGAGUCCCUUUGCCCGAGCAAGUGGGCAGCCUCCUUCCAUUCCUCCUGGUCGCUCCUCCCUCCCUUCACAGCCCAGUUGCAUUUUCAGCCUUCUUCAGUGUUAUUUCAGACAUCGUGAUAUAUCACGACAUCAGGGUAUAUCACGAUGUUGAAAACCAGAUAUCGCCCAGCCCUAAAAACCACCAUUUCUCAUCCAGUUAUCACACACUGCUUCCACUUAGCCAAACCAGGGAUGUAGGUCUGUGUGUUGAAAACAUGAACGUGCUGCUAGCUUUUUCUACCAGUGCACAGCCAUGUUUACUAAGUGCGUCUUAAUCAGCGAAGCACCUUGGGUUGCAUCAGUCCCAGAAUCAGGAAGGUACUGUAGAAUCUGAUACGAUAAGUUCUUUCGUUUGACUCUGCUCCCUUGCUCUGCCUAAUAAGUAGAGGAAAAGUAUACAAGGCUAUAGCUAAGUUCCUAAGAAACAAGAUACAUGCAAGGGGCAGCCUUCCAUGUGCACAAUGGGGAUUGUGUCUGUUGUCUGUCCACUGUCAGGGGGACAAACUGCUUUUUCCACAAAACAGCGGUUCUCCUGGCAUUCCCGUAAUUCUUUGGCUCUUGGCCUACAUGUGGAACAUAAUUCCCUCCUCUAACAUUUUCUGGUUAAAUAUAAAUCACUCCCUUCCACUGUGGCUGGACUUUGCAGUUAAAAGGAAAUGAAGGUCGCUUGUUUCCUUGGACAUGAUUAUUGUCAAGCCCAAUAUACAACUGGAGAAGUCUGAGAGGCUAGUUGAGAUUGUGAGAUGUGAUGAGAGAGAAUCAUGAAUGCAGCUAUUUUACUUUUGGUGUGGGUGGGUGUAAACAAUGUUAGACUCCUGGAUGCCUCGAACAAAAGGGAUGGUGGUCAAGAAUACAUGAGUUUCUAGGGACUGCAUAGUAACACUUGAGUGCUUGCAUGUAAAAGCUUCUUCCAUGUAAAAGAUGGUGUUUUGAAUAGUAAUUCCCUUGAAUAAUCUUGUUGUAUAUAUGAAAUAAAAAAUUAUUCAAUUGUAUAUUGGAAAAAUUAUGAAUCCCAGAGACCAGGGAAUAUUUUGGGCAGAAGCAGAAAACUUUCAGCAAGGGACUAAAGAUGCUAGAAUUUAUUAUUCUGUUGCCUAUGGAACCAGUGUAAAAGACAAAAGCAGAUGGGCCUUGAUAAUAUUAGGUUCUACGCUACGCAGUGUUAACCGCCUGCUUGAGCAGUAGAAAUCCACUUGUGAAACUAGACUUCGGAUUUCUCUCCUCCCUCCUAUUUGCCUCCCAAUCUGCUCUGGAGAGUUCCCAAACUAUUGUGAUGGGGACAAUAUUUGGCAUUGGGUAUAAAAGCUAAAGGGACAGACAUUAACUGUGAUGUAAAGUUAUGUAAUUUUACCUUCGAAUCAUAGAAUUGUUGAGUUGGAAGGGUCCCCGAGGGUCAUCUAGUCCAACCCCAUGUGAUGCAGGAAUCUCAGUUAAAUCAUACAUGACAGAUGGCCAUGCAACCUCCAAGGAAGGAGAGUCCAUCACCUCUUGUGGGAAUCUGUUCCACUGUCAAACAACUCUGACUGUCAGAAAGCUCUUCCUGAUGUUUAGUCGGAAUCUCCUUUCUUGUAACUUGAAUCCAUUGGUUCAGGUCCUUGCUUCCAGGACAGGAGAAAACAAACUCGCUCUAUCUUCUAUGUGGCAGCCCUUACGAGAGCCAUCUUCAAAUAUCUUAUCUCCUCUCAGUCUCUUCAUCCCAGGCUAAACAUACCCUCCCAACCGUUCCUCAUAAGGCUCGGUUUCCAGACCCUUGAUCAUCUUGGUUGCCCUCCUUGGCACAUCUUCCAGCUUGUCAACAUCCUUCUUAAAUUGUGUUGCCCAGAACUAGAUGCAAUAUUCCAGGUGUGGUCUGACCAAGGCAGAAUAGAAUGGUACUGUUACUUCCCUUGAUCUGGACACUCAACUUCUGUUGAUGCAGCCUAGAAUAGCAUUAGCUUUUUUGCUGCUGCUUCACAUGGUUGGCUCAGAUUAAGCCUGUGGUCCACCAAGACCCCUAGAUCCUUUUCUCAUGUACUACUGGCAAACCAGGUGUUCCUUAACUGAUAUGUGUGCAGCUGGUUUUUUCCUGCCUAAGUAUAGAACCUUAUUGUGAGCCAAGCACAUCUGCUUUGCAAUCUUUGCUCACUUUCAGAGGGUUGGGGUUGCAUUUCUCCUUUGGAAGCUUCAUGGGUGCCAUUUUUCCUCAGCAAUGCAGUACUUUUAAUCCUAGGUGCAGUGCAUUCUGGAAUCAAGUCCUGAUUAAGACUACUACCAACUGCACAAGGAUAUGUCUGGCUUUAAGUUAGUUUCCGAAAUGAAAUUGCAUAGAAGAUAAACAAACAAAAUACAUAAGAUUACAAACGAGGUGGAAAUAAUAUGUGACCAAAUGCAAGACUUCUGUAGAACUCUUGAUGAAACUGAGAUUUGUUCAGAAAUGGAGAGCAAUGUGGAUUUUGCGAAACUCGCUUGUUCAGUAAAAGGCACAGGGGGGAUAACAGAUCCCUGUGGAAUCUUUCUAAAGUUGUCUUUCGCUAAGCAGGGAAUGGAGCAAUCCAUUACUAGCGCAUAAUUUUUAAAUGUUCCCAUGGCAUAAAUGUGUUGAGUUCUUGGACAGGAUACUGAUUAUACUGCUAGCAUGAUCACUGUGGCUUUCUGUGCUCUGCCUUGGUCUCUCGGUGAAUUCAUUGAACAAUAAUUCUCACUGAGUCUUUUCCACAAGGAAUACCCAGCAGAAGUGAGAGAAUCUGCAUACCAUACAGAGUCUGGGUAGCAUGGAACUCACCACCCCAUGUCUCUUCCUUUACUCUUCCUGUAUGACUUUUUCUGUAAAUUGCGCUUGACUUGAAAACGAUCAGAAGUUUGCCAGUGUUUCAAGCACGUGCGUCAGUCAGCAAGGCUUCCACAUUGCACUUUCCUGGGAUUUCUAGUGGUAUCGUAGUUCCAAGUGUCAAAUGGGGUGGGAAAUAUGGGAGAAAUACAUUCGUUUGUAUUAACAUCGCCAAUUCCAAACUUAGGUGUUCAUUGAAACCAAGACAGCUUCUUUAGAAGCGUGCUUAGCAUUCCUGUCUUAGGGCUGUUUUAUGCACAAGCCAACUUGGAUUCGUCGUCGAGUGCACUCAAAAAGCUCCAGAUAUCAUUACUUCUUGACAAAUGUUGGGGCACGGGGCAUGGUACAUGGGCAGGCUAAUACGUUUCUGUUGCAAUCAGCUGAAAACAGGAUCAUAGCUUCAAACAAAAAGUGUGAAACGGCCCUCAAGCAACAGUAUUCUGGCCUUCUCUCAACAUUCAAGAAUCAGUAGAAAAGAUUGGGCCAAGUUAAAAUAGGUGGUGGUCUUUGAUCUGACCCCGCCACCACUAUUCUAUGUAAACGGGAAUCGAAUGUAUAUUUGGCCACAUUUUAGUUUUCUCACAAUACUGUUGAGACAGGGGUUGUAAAUACUUUGAUGCUAGAGGGGCAAAAGCAUCACAUGGGUGAAACCGGACAUAUUGUACCCAACCUUCCUCAUUUGAAAAACAGAAAUAGGACACUCGUCGUUAAAGUAAGCUGCAGUUCUGCUUUCAUUCGUCCAAAGCAAGUUUUAUUAAGUGGUACAGCAAAACCUCUUUAACAUUUUUCCAGUGGUCUGUGGAAGGUUUGACAAGCCCUGCUCUAGGCAAUACAGUUUGGCUUUGUAACGUCUUUAAUGAAGCAGCUAACUCGAAAGCCUUAAUAGGAGAAUAAUGCGACAAAAUAUUGCUUCACAGUAAGACUGUCUCGUCCGAGUUUUGAAAAUAAAACACAACUUGCUGUUAAUAAAGUGUAGUUUUGCUG